AUGAUUCACAAGGCGGUACCUUUGGCCACAAGCUGGAGGAUUAAUGACAGUUACUUUCGAUAUGAGCCUGGUUGGCUUCAAUCUGGAAAUCUUAACUUUUUCCCGACAUGGUUUCAGCAAGGCCAUGAGAGGUCCAACCCGCUUGAGGUCUCCUUGGACUUGUGUAAUCCUAUUGGACAGGAGUUUAUACGAGACAUGAUGACAUCUUCGGCUUUGCUGGAAGCCAUCUUGAGCAUUAUACACUCCAAGCAGUACCGGGCGGGAAUGAAAUUUCUUCAACGGCUUGCUGCGGAACUGGAGCUCGUCCAUAAGGCCGAAAUAUUGAAGCAAAUUCUCACAAUAUGGAGUUCGCCCUUUGGAGUCAUGACCACCAUUAGCAACCAAGAUACACCGUACCAUCGGGAUAAUGGGUCAUGCUACUCAUGGUAUGAUUUUUUGAUGCCACUUGGGAAGGGUGAACACGGACGGCUUGAGCUUCCUGGCCUUGGACUUUGGUACAAGUAUGAUCCCAUGAUCCUUGUUGCAAUUACCGGCAGGUUGCUUCAACACGGCGCGGUGUGCAAGGGAAAUAGGGCAGUCAUAGUCUAUUACAUGCGUAGGACUGUAUUUGAAGAGCUGGGAGUCCAAGAGGCGGGAUGGUCUACUACGUACAAUCUUUUUUGCAAAUUUACCGGCCACCAAUACUUUUGA